CGCGGCGAGGAUGGAACGUUGCUAGAGUUCGCGGGUCUCGCUGCUGGGGGUCGGAGCUGCGGGCCGUGAGCCGCCGCGUGCCAAAGCGGGAAUCCCGGAGGCGGGCAGUUCUGCAAUUAAUGCACGCAUUUAAAACUCCAGAACCCGUGGACGCCAUGCACAGGAAACACCUCCAGGAGAUUCCCGACCAGAGUAGCAACGUUACCACCAGCUUCACGUGGGGAUGGGAUUCUAGCAAGACAUCUGAACUGCUGUCGGGCAUGGGGGUCUCUGCCCUGGAAAAGGAGGAGGUGGACAGUGAGAAUAUCCCCCAGGAACUGCUCUCAAACCUGGCCCACCCUCAGAGCCCUCCCCGAAAACGGCUGAAAAGCAAGGGGAAUGACAAGGACUUUGUGAUAGUCCGCAGACCUAAGCUAAAUCGAGACAACUUUCCAGGUGUUUCAUGGGACUCACUUCCAGAUGAGCUGCUCUUAGGGAUCUUUUCCUGUCUGUGCCUCCCUGAACUCCUAAAGGUGUCCAGUGUUUGUAAGAGGUGGUAUCACCUAGCGUUUGACGAGUCUCUGUGGCAGACGUUAGACCUCACAGGUAGAAACCUGCACCCAGAUGUGAUUGGCCGGUUGCUGUCUCGAGGGGUGGUUGCCUUCCGCUGCCCACGAUCAUUUAUGGAUCAACCAUUGGUUGAACAUUUCAGCCCUUUCCGUGUGCAGCACAUGGAUCUGUCCAACUCUGUUAUCGAUGUGUCUACCCUCCAUGGAAUUCUGUCGCAGUGCUCCAAGUUGCAGAACCUAAGCCUGGAAGGCCUGCAGCUGUCGGAUCCCAUUGUCAAUAAUCUUGCGCAAAACUCAAAUUUAGUGCGACUGAAUCUUUCUGGGUGUUCUGGAUUCUCCGAAUCUGCCCUGAAGACCUUGCUGAGCAGCUGUUCCAGAUUGGAUGAGCUGAACCUGUCCUGGUGUUACGACUUCACCGAAAAGCACGUGCAGGUGGCUGUCGCGCAUGUGUCCGAGACCAUCACCCAGCUCAAUCUCAGCGGCUAUCGAAAGAAUCUGCAGAGAUCAGAUGUCUCUACUUUAGUUGGAAGAUGCCCCAAUCUUGUCCACCUAGACUUAAGCGAUAGUGUCAUGCUGAAGAACGACUGCUUUCCAGAAUUUUACCAGCUCAACUACCUCCAACAUCUCUCACUCAGUCGGUGCUAUGAUAUAAUACCUGAAACCUUACUUGAACUUGGAGAAAUUCCCACACUAAAAACACUACAAGUUUUUGGAAUCGUGCCAGACGGUACCCUUCAGCUGUUAAAAGAAGCCCUUCCUCAUCUACAGAUUAAUAGCUCCCAUUUCACCAGCAUCGCCAGGCCGACCACGGGCAACAAAAAGAACCAGGAGAUAUGGGGCAUCAGAUGCCGGCUGACGCUGCAGAAGCCCAGUUGUCUAUGAAGUAUUUAUUGCAGGGUGGUGUCCCUUCUUUUCUUUGGAACAGGGCAAAUAGGCAGGAAGCCCGCUUGCUGGAGCACUCGGCUAUUUUUAUUCUUGGUUUUCCCUUUGCCUUCCUUCUGCAAGUAUAUUAGAUGACCGUUUGAGAGCGAAAACUAUGAAGUUUUGCUUUUUCUGAAUAACCAGAAAAGCUCUGGUCACUGCUUCUAGUGCACUUAAGAGCCUAAGUUUAAGGCCUUUUGGAAUUUUAGGAGAGCCUAUUAAUUUCAGGAUACCUUAAGCAGCAAGAUUUGAGCCACCUCUUUCAAGUGCCCUUGUUUUUCAAUCUAUUUAGAAUCAAGC